CUUCCUCCUUACAAUACAAGUACAUCCAUACUUAGGAGUGACUAACCCUGAACCUAUCAAAUCUUAUCCUUCCCUCCCCUGGUUGAUGUGCGGCUCAAGCCUAAUAUGAGUGGAAUUUUAGCGUUGUCCCGAAUUUCCUGCUGAACAUUGGACCUUUGGACCUUAGGACCUUCACUUUCUUCCCAAACCUCCACAACUCUCAACUUCCCACAUCCCACCUUUCCUUUUUUAAAUUUAAUUCCCCAUCAACAACUUCACUUUCAGAUCGACCAAUAUCACCAGCACCAACAUGGCCGACGACGAUUCUAGCGAACUCUCGUCUAUAUCCGAGCUAUCAUCUGCUCCUUCUGAAUCUGAUGAGGAGAUUGAAGUUAAGCGCGAAAAGGGAAUCCUCAAGUUCUUUCACAAGCUUCCAGCUGGUGCUAAGCCCGCCGAACCUAAGAAGGAGGUAUCACCUCCACCGCGCAAGCGAUCCCCUUCUCCAGCACACGAAUAUGUCUUAGCCGAUAAUACAGACGUGGCGUUCAUUGUAAUGUUCCGUGCACGAUUUAACGAUGCCCUACCGAAGUCCCUUGCCAACUUUGGCCCCCAAGAAGUCGAACGAGACGUAACCGAAGCUAUUCCCGGCGAGCGUAUGGAACACUUUUUGUGUGCUGUGUUGGGCUUGUUGUUGAACCGCAAGCAAGAUGUCAAACCCGGUCACUAUAAUCGAGCGCUAGAAGAUGCCAUUCAUACGCAUAAAAACCAAUGGGCGCGAGAUUGGGAGGAUCAGAGUCCUCUGUCGGGUGGCAAGAGCUUCACCACCAUGGAUCCCACCGAACGCCUUAAAUUACUACGAACACUCAUCGUGUGGACCCUAUCCUCCUCCGAAGUAAUCAAGGGCAUAAUCAACAAAUCCUACAAAGCCGGCCGCCACGAAGACGACCUCAACCAGCCCCUCUCCGUACAACCAUGGGGUUCUGACAGCGAUAAACGCCGUUACUACCUAAUCGAGGGUCUAGACGAUACCCAUUUUCGAGUAUACCGCGAGAGCAACCCUCAGGGGUUCAACCGAACAUGGUGGAGCGUAGCAGGCGAUAUCGACGAGCUCAAGGUCCUAGCCGACAAGCUGCAGAACUCCGACGGUGGCCCUAAGGCAAAGAAGCUCGCGCAUAAGAUGCUAGCAGCCGUCCCGCGCUUCGAGGCCACCGAGGAGAAGCGCAAGCGUCGCGAGUACCGCCUCAUGCGCAAGGAGCAGUUCAAGCGCCCCGAGCCCGGCUUCAGCAUGUACGAGGGACGGACGCGAGGCAAGAGGAUGAAGUACACGUACUCGGACGACGAGGACUUCCUCUCCGAUUCCACCGGGUUUCGUCGAUCGAGCCGUAACACGCGCAAUCCCACACCCGCCGAGCCAGCUGGACCUGUGGUCACCGCGAGCGGACGACAGAUCAAAGCUCCGUCGCGCAUGACGGUAGACGCAUCUAGCAACAUCGUCACCGUCAGCCCGACGACGAGCCACGGCGCGAACGGAACGACCGAGUCCAAGGAAUCAUCCGUCGGACCCUCCGGCCGACCCCGACGAUCGGCGGCCGUGAACCACGGUACGAACGGUUGGGCGCCCUCAUCGAAGAAGGGCCAGGGAUACAAAUCGAUGGACGACGAUAUGGAGGACUAUGAUUCCCAAGAAGAAGACGAUGAUAGCGAACCCGAGCUCGGCGACGACGAAGAGGACGCUCAUCAGCCAGAUGAUGACGAAGAGGAAGAAGAAGAGGAUGACUACGAUGAAGACGAGGAGAUGGUCGACGACGACCUAGACGACGCGAAUAGCAAGAGCAGCAUGAUGGUCAAACUCAAGCUGCCGCAGAAAAAGCGCAAUUCGGGCGACGCCAACGGAUCCGCGUUCAACCUCGACGACUACCGUUACAGCAACAAGAAAGACGAUUCUAAGAGCAAGUCAUCUUCAGCGGCGGAGAGCAGUACCGCCAAAAAAGAACCCACCCCCGAAGAGAAGAGCGAGGAAGUCAUCUCAGUCGCCACGACUCGAAAGCAGGAGAAACCGUCCUCUACCGCCGCGACCAACGACCGCCCCAGCCACCGCCCCACGACGCCCGCGCUGAACGCUCUGCAGUCGACGUCCUUGGCUUUUAGGGAAAGCCCGGAUAAGGUCCAGCAGACGCUGCCGAAGCACGUCGAUGUCGGGGCGGGAGAGUGAACGGGGUUCUUAAUAACAUACACCUAUACAAAGUCUCGAGACAGAGACGCAGGACACCCAUGAUUUUCCUUGCCUGUGAGAGGGGGAGUCCUAAUCCCACAGCCUAGCAUGUGAGGGGGUGGAAAUCGAUACCUACGGUUGC